GUCGCGAAGAGUCUCCUGUUUGCACUUGACUUGAGACAUAAUCCAGAAUCCCCAAGCAUGGCCCAAGAGCUCAAGAUAUCUUGCCUCUGUGGCGGUCGUAGUCAACAGGUAUUCCUUAAGGAUGAUGGCAACAGGGCCCAAGGAAGCUCGGAUUGGGCACUCUGCCACUGCGACUCCUGUCGAUACGUCACUGGCCUUCUAUGCACAUCAUAUGCGCCGAUAGGGGUGCCGAGCUCGUUGGAAGGACUCGUGUCGUACUCGCCCUCCCCCGGAUCGACUCGGUAUUUCUGCGCAACAUGCGGAUGCCACUUAUUUCGUUCCACAAUACGCGCCGCUAGCGACAUGGCGGUGUCCGCGCAGAGGGAACGGGACUGGGAGGUUACCACCGGAGCCAUAGUGGAAUCUCCAGGGGGGGAAACCGAUCCGGCAGCGUCGUCUGACUCGGAAUCAUGCUUCAAGCACCUCAACGUCGCGGACACCAGGGACGGAGGUAUAUCUGUCUGGGUCAACGACUCCGCGCCGAAUGUUGAAUCGGGGGGUUCGUCCAAGACCGCUGAUGAGCCCAAGCCUGCCCCCGUCGUGGCAGCGCCGGAUGACGAUGGCGUCUUGAACGGGGCCUGCCACUGUGGCACCGUCCGUUUCCAUAUAACCCGUCCCGAUGACAAUAGCAAGCUUCCCAAGUCGAAUUUUGCGGAUCUCAUAACUCCAUACUGCCGAAGCGACCAGGAAGCCAUCACAAACCCCUCGGACACGAAGUGGUGGCUUCGAGAUGGAAAUACCAAGUACCUUGCAGGAACAUGUGCUUGCCGAUCCUGCCGGCUUGCCUCUGGUUUCGAGAUCCAGACCUGGGCCUUUGUCCCGCGAUCUAACAUUUAUUUCCGUACGCAUCAGCAUCGGCAUCCUGAUGAAGAGACUGUCCGGCAAUUGGACUUCGGCACUCUACCGGGAGGGAUCCUCAAAAGCUACACUUCUUCUCCCGGUAUUGUCCGCGAGUUUUGCACCCACUGUGGUGCCACGGUCUUUUGGCACGAUAAAUGGCGGCCGGAGCUCAUUGAUGUCAGCGUCGGACUCCUGCGAGCACCGGAAGGUGCCAGAGCCAGUACUUGGCUCGAUUGGUGGACAGGGAGGGUCAGUUUCGCUGAGGACACAGUACUGCAACGGACAGGAGCGGCGGCACAAAGGGCGCAGGAGCUGAUAUGGCGCCUCGAAGCUGGCCUGAGAGAUUGGGGACGGAGGUCGUGAAGCCUAUCUUGGUUUUGAGACCUUUUCUUCUUUUCUCCUGCCUACUGAACAAGGUAUCUGGCCGGGCACUGGGCUCGAGGAAUUCACCCCUUGAUCGAGAACUCAAUAUACAGGCCCACCAAUGCAUAGUGGAUGCCAAUAAAAAAAAAAAACACAAGUUCUGCAAUAUGCCACCCAUGCAGAAACGGACUGUCUCGUCAUAGGAGAGGCGCCGCCAAAGACCAUCCUGGUAAUAUCCAUCCUCGCGGGGGCGCAAACCUUCUGUUGCGGCCGCAUAAGAAGCCCAUCCCAAGGCAUUCCGGGGCGGAGAUUCAUCGCCCACGAUACCUGCUGGAUGAGUGAAGAUUGCCACCUGCAUAGCGUCACUGAUAUGAGCAACCUUUCAAUCCG